CCUUAAAAUUUCUUGCUCGUUCUUCUCUGAGGAAAGCUGCCUUCCGAAUGACCUGUAUCAAAAAAUUCCAUAUUUCAAGGAAAGCACUUACCCGGUAUCGUGGCCGCUGACCCGGAGAAGUCUGUACGAAGUCUUCAUUCCAUUGACACACACAAAAUGUGCAUCACCACGCUGCGGCCACUUACAUUGCUAUCUUUGACAUUGCUACUAACAAGGAGAAUGGCAACGGAAAGCAUUUAUUCGGACGACGGCUGGCGACCCAUAUCAAACGAAAAACUGUUAAGCGGAUCACGAAGAAAUUUCAUUAAACCAGAAGAAAACGAAUUGAAUUCCCAAACACCGUGGCAUUCUCACUCUACGAGCCCGGACAAUACACUUUCACGAGGGAAUUUUAUUAAAUUAGUGGGCGCCAGUCAUAAAGCUGGCGAGAGCUUGCUGCCACAAAGAGAAAUUAACGCCAAUCUUGAGAGCGGAGAUCACAACCAGUCUACUCUUUUCUACCCAAACAAUAAUUUGGACACUAACUACGAUGAUGAUAAUACACCAAUUGAUAACUUAACUACAAGAAAAGCGAAGAAACUCUACGAUUCAAAUGAUAGCGCCGUUGAAAAUAUAAUUGAAAAAUACAAUGAUAAAGAGCUAUUAAAACUCGAAUCCAAACAUACGUAUGCAGUCACAGAAGAUGAAGAUGAACAGAUAACAAACAGUAAUCAGAGAAAUAUAAUCAAUGAAGACAACGGAUAUAUUUACGAGACUCCUAAAUCAGAACUAUCAAGUAACGUUCUCACAAAUAGCUUUAUAAAGAUAUUAUCAAAUUACAAUAUCAGAAGCAGUGACAAACUUCCAAAUUAUUCCUUAUCUCUAAGGCAGAACAGUAGAAAUUCCCCCAAAAACGACUACACAUAUUUUUACAUACCAAUAAAAGUACCAUUAAAAUACAACAAUCCCAACCAUUUAUUAGUAGAUCCAUUACUUGCUGUGUUUUUAUCAAAUUAUGGUUAUUACUUACCCGGCAAUUACGGGAUACAAAGUAAUUACAGGAAUAUCUAUGGCUAUGGGGCUUCAAAUAAUAUCCAUAACAAUAAACCAUUUGGUUCGUACAAACUUUUCUCAGACACUGAUGCCUCACAUAAGUGAAUAAUUAAUUGCUUCAAACAUAAACAGCUAAAAGUUUUACUAUUAUUUAUGUUUCAUAACCGAAGUCUAUAAAUUGAUUGUCUUACUAAUUUUAAUGUAACUUUACAUUUUUGAUAGUUUAAUUUUCAAAACUGAAGGUGAAAUAAUCGACGAAUGAAUCAGCUAAGUACAUCUUAUUAAACUAUGAAUUGUAUUGAAUACACUAAUACUAUCCAAUGCAACAUAUAGAACAUAUAUAUUACUUUAUUCAAACAAAUCAAAUCUUUAACUAUAUUUACAAUAUGGCUACAUAAAAUUAAAACUAUCAUUACGUGGAAGCGUACCAAGAAUACUGGCAGCAUUUCCGUGUUGGAUAGCUAGGCUGAUCCGUUGACCGAAAUAGCUGCCGGCGCUUGGGCUUUCAGUAGCCUUAUUGAAGCGCGAAGAUAGUAUUUUGAACAGUUUCCGCGCCUCUGAGCCCCACGGGCAAAGUAUCUCGACACCAAACGGCACAAAGAUGUAUGACUCACUGAGACCAACAUUUAAAUUUAUAAGUAUGGUGUUAUUAACUUAUAAUAAUUAAUGUAACCUGAAGAGUCACGAAAAUAAUCCUUUUAUCUGAGACGUUAUGUUACAUAACGUAUUUUGGAAGUGAAAGCUUCCUUAGCCGCGUUGAGUGAUUUUUGGUAGGGAAUAAAGUUAUGGUUUCGCGUCACGGUUCACCUCGACAUGCUUGUGACGUAGUUAUUGCGUUAGCGCCAUACUAGCGCCGCACAGUAUAGCGGUUUACAUGCAUGUACAUAUGUAUACACACAUAAAAACGUAUUAUACUAAUAACUAAUACCCUACUAAAUCAUAUACGUGUUUGACUGUUUAGAUGGAUAAAAUUUUAUCUUGUGAAGUCGCGUCACUACUAUGAAAUCUUGUUUAUAGUGGUGAACACUUUAUUUUGUGGGUAUUAAACGAAACUGUACUGUCACGCUAGGUUAGAGCGAUCAAUAAGAGAAAAACUUACCCGAGUAAUUUUUACACAAUUAUUAUAGCAAGACUUUAUUUUAAAUGUAAUUGCUUAGUGA